CCUCGUAGUGCGUCCCUGGAGCAUCGGUGAAAAAUCAUCAUUCCGCUUCCGAAUAGAGUACGCCCACCGAAUAAAAAAGUUGAAGACAGGUAAAUCGGUGAAGUGACAGCGACCAGGUAAGCCCUUCUGAUGCAAGGAGGCAAUCUACAGCUGUCAGCCAAGGCAUGAAGAAGAAAACGGAAAAUCAGAUAAGAAGGAAAGCUUCGCCCCCACGACUUGCCCCUUCCAGAAGGAUUCAACGACCAUUGCCUGAUCGGGACGACGCGACACACGUGCUGAUUGGCUUUGGCGGCGCAGGGCUCUCAAAGGGGUUUAGCUGAUCGUCACGGGGUUUUGUACUGCCUCGCGGGUUCUUCAUUUAUUUAUCCUCUCCAUCUCUCUCCAUCUCUUGUCACCUGCCCAGGAUGUGAUCCUACACUCACCUGACAGAUCCUCAAUUUUGUCAGGUCUCCAACAACAAAACAAACAACAAUCACAAUGGCAUCCACAAACCCAUUUGCAAACCCUCCUUCAUCAGACCUUCACCCUGAGUCUGAAUCUGAACCCAACCGUGACUCUCAACCUCAACUCCACAAUCAACUCACCUCUCCCACCAUAGCAGAGAGCAUGAUGCCUCCCCCCAAAACCGCGCUGCAAGUCGACUUUUCGCUCAAAAAAUGGAACGUCAUCAUCAGCCCCAUCUCCACCUCUUCCAGCUCGCCCGACCCCUCCACCUCGGCCCUCUACCGCAUCGACACGCAAUCCACGCGCCGACCCCAGAUGCUCUUCCGCCACGCCAACGCCCCUCCCAACUCUCCCCCCUUCGGCACAGGCACCCUCCACACCUUCAGCAUAAACCCUGACUACACACUGCACAACACCUCGCAGCCCCUCACGGCCACAAAACGCUUCCGCACCUCCUACACCUACCAAUCCGCCAUCUUCUCGCGCGUCCCCGGCCAGACCGAGACCAUGACAUGGACGUCCACAAGCGGGUUUAAGAACUGGGAUUUCAUCCUGCUCGACGGCGACAUGUUGCCUGUGGCGCGGUAUUCGAGUCGGGUGUGGGCGGUGCGCAAAUGGGGCAAGAUUGAGUUUCUGGGCGAGAGGACGGAGGAUGAGCGUGCACGGGAGGAGAUCGUGGUUACUGGUCUGGUGUUGUUUUUUUGUAUGGUGGUGAGGGCGAGUAGUAUUUUCAAUUUCUUUGGCGCGUGUUUUUAUCGGCCGAAGGGUCAUGUUCAAAGGAGUUUGGAGGGCGGGAAGGGGGGUUCGGAUUCAGCGACUAUGGAUGGUGAUGUUGAUUGUGAUGGUGGCCAUGGUCAUGGUCAUGGGGGAUGAGGGGGUGACUGAGAUGUCUUGGUCGGGCUUUUCUCUUCUCUCCUCUUGUCUUGCUUUUGCGGCUUGGAUUUGUUUUGUGCUUGGUUGAGAUACCCCGGUUGUUUUUGUUUCUUGUCUACGUAGGCCUUGGAGUUGCGUGCGCUAAUAGAUAUCUGUAUCACUGCGUGUUUCUUGCUUGCCAUCGAAAGAAUGCAUUCUAUAUUCUAUGGGUAUCUGC